CCGGCUCAUCUCCAACUACCGUCGCGGCCUCCGCUGCUUCGCGCUCGCCACUCGACCGCGCUGAGCGGACGGCAUGGAGCUGAGCAGAGGCCUUAUCUCAGCUCGACUCCCGUCGUCAACGCUCCGGCCGGUCUAUGCCCCCCGCGGCUGCCGUCGGCUUCCCUUCGGGACGUUCUCACAGCCUCAACCGCCUUCAAGCGUGCAGGAGCACGGGUGCAGCAGGGCGCUGCGGCCGCGGCAGGAGUGGGUGGAGGGCUGGGUCCGGAGCAACGACACACUCGUCCGCGGCCUUCCAAUCCUCGUCGGCGGCGCUUCCCUCGUCGCUGUCCUCCUCAACCGCGCCGUUUCCAGCAUUGCUGCCGUCGCCGACGCCUCCAGUUCGCAGUCGAGGGCUGACAUAUUAACUCUUGCGCUCUCCGUGACUGACAUUCUCGCCGGCCUCGUUUGGUUAUCCAUCCGGCCGAAAUCCAUUUCCCCGGUGGUUCCUCGUGGUGUCGAAUGUAAACGAGUAGGUCCGGGUGUGUCAAGUUCUGCUCUUCAUGAACUACUUUGGACAUGGGAUUCCCUCACAACUGCUACUUGUUGCAAAUCAUUGGUUGUUGUGUAUGGAGGUAAUUGCAUACUUCAAAUUGGGGUUGCUGCUGGAACUCAAGAAGAUGGUAAUGCACUUACUGUGGAUGCACAAAUGUUCAUCCAAGGCUCUCUUUACAAAAGUGCCAUGGAAUCCAGGAAGCAAUCUUAUCUAGCAAAUCUUGCUUUGUAUCCUGGAAGGUCAGAGUUGCCGUUCUUGCCUGGUAACACACAGGCACUAAUAUUACAACCAAUUGGUGAUAAUGGAAUUGCAAUUGUUGGUGGCGACACUAUAAGAGGAUUCACUAAUAUUGAUCAGGCAUGGAUUGCAAUGAUCGCAGACAAGCUGGACGCCACAUUGUCAAAGUCUUAACCACUGGAUUGCUUAUGGAGAUUCUGUUCGCUAUUAUUUAUCUCAAGUGAGCACAUCAUCCUUGUCCGAAGUGUCAUUCAUCAAGCGUACAUGUGGACGCUGAAGCAAAGUCUGCAAAACCAUCCCUUACACUCAAACAGUAGAGGUCCAAGGACAUUGGCGAGUUGCUGAAACCAAGUGGUCUGACAAGUGACAACACAGAGAUGCAAUACAUGCUUUGCUGAUUAAUAGAAGUAAAGCUCGUACCUCUUGGUAAGAUGGGAAGUUAUAAUUUUUCCUGUACUCUGGGUGCUCUGCCGUCAGUUGAACAAGUUUCUGCAUUUUGCAUGUACAUCAAUACAACAUUUGACCAAGUGAUGUUUGAUACCCACGGUAUCAGUUCUAUUUAAUCUAACCCAGAAAGUCCAAGAAUCA